GCCACCAUGCUCAGCGUCGUGCACUUCCUCCGGAGCUUCUUUAAGACUCCAGAGCCAAGUGUACACCUGCCAGGUGAAGGUGAGAUUGAAGACAAGGAGCUCCCCCCUUCUCCCGCAGAACCAGAGGAACAGGGAUGGAGCCGGGAAACAGACCACGAUGAUUUUGAGACACUGUCCCACCAGAGUGAAAGUCAAUCAGACACAAAAAUUGACCCCUUUGAAAGUGCUUCCGACACAGAGUCCCUGCCUGGUGACCUCCUAGGGGGAAUCUGCCUCACUCCAGAUGGUACCUCUGAGGACAGAGAAGCACGCAGGGGAUGCCGUGACACCCCAGCAUCCAGAACCCUUCAGGAAGAGCAUUCAACUGGUGUCCCUGGGCUUGACCCAAAAGAGGAACUAGAUCUGUACCUUGACUUCAAGGAAGAGUCCUGCAAAAGUGGGGCACGAGCCUUUGCUGCAGUUGCUGGAGAGGUGAGGGCCGUGCACCUUUGGGAGGACGUGGCCGGCCCGGAGCGAGAGUCGCCGCUGGCAGGGACUGCUGGCCGCACACAGGGCUGUUCACAGGGGCCCACGGGCAGCUGCGGCCUCCCGCCAGCGAAGGCCGUGACUGUACAAGACCUCAGGGGGUCCUCUGGUUUUUCUCUUCAGAAAUCCAGGUCUGAGAGUUAUCUGGGCAUCCCAGUGGUCUGGCCCUUUCUUCUCUGGUGCUGUGAACAGGGCCGGAGCUGGCCAAAUAUCCACAACAGGGACAGGGGAACCCAGCUGCCUCUCACAGCCCCUCCGGGAGCCGGGACAGGGAAGGGAAGUACUCGGGGCCCCGCACUGAACACAGGCUUGCUCUGCUCCCAGCCCGGCUUAGAUGCCACCUGCCAGCUUCCUUUAGGGACAUCAUGCCUCCUACAUGCCAAGCUUUGCCAUAGCGCCCCAGAAAAGACCGAUGACAAGGGCAAGGCAUUCCCAAGGCACUGCUGUCAGCACACGACGACGCUGAACAGGGCCCGUUCCAUAGCAGAGUUUCCCUUAAGAUACUCUGAGGGUCCUCUAGGGCAGAACUUUGUGAAGUUUGGGAGCCAUCUGAAGGAAGGGACAGAAGCAGGACGGGCUCCAAGAACACAACACCCUCUUUACCCUGUUCCCACCCAACUGUCUCAUUUGCUUCCUGCUUCCCAAAGGAAGGCUCCUGGUUUGGAGGAUCUCUAUGAACCCAGUGCUCUUAGCUGGAAAAGGGCCUCUCAGGACACGCCCUCUGAAAGUCUCUGGCUGGAAAACCAGCCAGGACAGGAUUCUAGGUCCUGCCCAGUCUCUUCACGCCUUACUGCGGAGUUGGUGAGCUGCAGUGCAGAGGAAGUGCUGGUACCAGCCGAGGGCAAGUUGGGACACGGCCCAGAAAGCAGAACAGAGGCGCCCCUAAGCGCUGGCCUGGCACCAAAUGCUGAGGACGUGAGUGAUAAACAGAAGCCGCUUCAAGACAUUUCUGUCGAGGCAGGAAACCAAACCAGUAAUUACACAUCAAAGCAUAUCCUCAGUGAGAAAAGAAAGCCACCUGCUAGGGCCAAGCUCCCACAUCAUCCCAGCAAUAGCAGGUCACGGGUGUGGAACAAAGACUGGGGGGUUUGCUCUGCAGUAAGCAAUCACUCAGAUGCUCCGGAGACCACCCUGAAAUCAAGCACGGUUCCAGACCCCAACUUCACGAAAAAUGCCUUGCAGGGUUCUUCAGGAGUCGCAGCAGUCACCGUGUCCCCCUGCCCCUGGGGCGGUGAGGGGUGUGACCAGGGGCACAAGGGUGGUGCCACACCCUUGGCAGAGGGCCUCCAGCUAGAGCCCAAAGCAGACACGUCUUCUAAGGGCACGCGCAUCAUUGCAGCUGUCGAGCAGAAAGGGUUGCCGGCCACCAGGAGGAAAGUGGGUCCUCUUCCAGAAACACAGUCCGGUGAGUUUCUGGAGGAAAGACCAGGGUCUCCCUGCAGUGCUGGAGCGACCCCACGUGUGGUUUCCCGGCCUGGGAACCCACAAACUUUCGGCAAUGCGUCUGAGCUGCCGGCAGCCCUCGGACUGCGAGGUGAAGACGAGGCUCUUCAGCAGGUGGCCCCAGCCGCAGAGCUUAGGAUACUUCUGAUCCCCCAGGCGGCUUCGGAAGAGAGGCCCCCGGGCGGGGAAGAGACGUCUUCCCAAGGGCGCGCCGCAGGGGGCCUGCUGAGCACAGGGGCGCCUGCGGAAGAGAACCCGCCCGGGGCCAGCCAGAGCUCCGGGACCCCGGCGGCCAGGGAGGAAGCUGCUGGGGCGCCCGGGGCCCAGGGCCCCGAGGACACGCUAGGGGUGCGCGCAGCGGAGGGCGGUGCGGACAAGCGGCCCGGCCCUGCCCGCGCCCGUGCGCUCCGGCUGCCCGGAACGGCCCGCCGGCUCCGCCAGGCUUCGCGGGAGCCCGGGAAGGGGCUGGCGUUUCCCGAGGUGACCUCCUUACGGAAAGGCAAGCCCUCGGCCGCCGAGAGCCCGGGACGGGGCCGCCCUGGGGCUUCUAACGGCCUCGAGGAGCUGUGCACCGACAGUCCGCCCCCGGUGGCCGGCGGGCAGAGCGCGUCGGGCCGGGUCGGGACUCCACGCGGCGCGCACGCCAGCGCCUCUCCCGAGAUCGGCUUCCAGGGCGCAGGCCGAGGGCUCGCAGGGCAGACGGAAGGGGGCCAUGUGGAGACGCGUGGGCACCUCGGUAGCAGAAGACAGUCCUCAGAAAGCUGCGACGCCAAGAGACGCAAAACCCCAGAGAAGAGGCUCAGCGCGAGGUUGGCCUCAGCUCAUAAGACCUUUGCAAAUUUUUUUGAGUCGAGAGUUUUAGAAAAAGAGAACACUGCUGAGUGUUUUCCAGGUUCUUUCAAGGACCAGAAGAAAAAGAGCAGGCUGCACCAGACCUCCUCGCACACAGUUCUGAAAAGCAAAGAUGCUGAAGGCCCCAAAAGGCCCUCCUUAGUGAGUCUGGUUCCAGGACCGGAGAUCUUGAAUCCCCCCAGACCUUCCCCACUAGGCACCAGUAGCCACUGCGAGGGGCAGGCAGAGGACAAGGAGAGCUGCUACGUUUUUAGAGAUCACUGGACACUCCCACAUUCCCCCACACCUUUGUCAUUCAGCGAUUUGGUCUCUUCAGAUAACAGGAGAAAAAGUGAACCAACUAUCAAAUGUACAAGCACUCAGGAAAGUGGUAAAUACCUACCUUCAGGUAACUUUCCUGAAAAGCCUUGGCCUUUGUCACCCACCAGUCCUGGGAGGCAGCAGGCUGGGAUCAGCCCCACCUUUCCCUCCAGCUCCACCUGCUUCCUGGCAUAUGGAAGCCACGGCGUGCCCUGUAAGCCCCUGAGCCCCAAGCCCCAGAGCCCCAGGCCUGGUGCCCAGCGGGUGGAUUUCCACUACCCUGGCAGGGGCAGGGCCAUCUCAGCGGUUUCUCUUGGAAGCUCCAGCCAUGUAGAUAGCAGCUCAGAGGCCCCUGGAAGCCCCAAGACCUCCAAGGCCUGGACAAGCCUCCUACUUUGUCUGCAGGCACUAGACCAGGGUGAGAAGGAAGAGAGCAGGAAAAGAGGCCAGCAUCCCUGUGGCCUGAGCACAGCACCCUCGCUUAAGGACCUUCUUGGGAGUGAGAACCACAUGCCGUGGGAAGAACAACCAGGCAAGAAGCCCAGUUGCUCCCGCGGUCUGAAAGCUUUUCACACUGAGCCAGCUCAGGGGCCGUUCUCUACUGCUGAGAUGGGGACAUGGACCCUCCCCUUCGUCUCUGCAGAGGACGUCCCCAGGGAGACUCCUUCACAACCCAGGAGCAUCUCUCAGCACUCACACAUCAGUUUAGAUGACCUGUGGCUGGAGAAGAUGCAGAGGAGGAAGUUGAAGAAGUUGGCCCAGUUUGAAAGGAAGAUGCAUGCAUGUAAAGAUGGAAUCCAAUGCUGGAGGAAGAUGACCAUUACCUCUCCAGAGUCUUUGAAUCUCCCUAGAAGAAGCCAUCCAUUCUCCCAGAGUGCCCCGACAAGACUGAACCACAUGGGCUGGCCAGAGCCCAUACCUGACAUUGCCCUCCCUGAUGGAGCUCUGGACAUGGCGCUCCGUGCGGACGAGGCAGGCAGUGAGGAGGACCUGUACGAGGACGUGCACAGCUCCAGCCACCACUACAGCCACCCUGGAGGGGGCGGCGAGCAGCUGGCCAUCAACGAGCUCAUCAGUGAUGGCAGUGUGGUCUGUGCUGAAGCACUCUGGGACCAUGUCACCAUGGAUGACCAGGAACUGGGCUUCAACGCCGGGGACGUCAUCGAAGUAAUGGAUGCCACCAACAGAGAGUGGUGGUGGGGCCGGGUCGCUGACGGCGAGGGCUGGUUUCCAGCAAGCUUUGUGCGGCUGCGGGUGAACCAGGACGAGCCCGCGGACGACGAGGCGCUGGGGACCGGGCACGGCGGGGCCGGGGACGGCGGGGCUGAGGCGCAGAGCAGCAAGGACCAGAUGCGGACCAACGUCAUCAACGAGAUCCUCAGCACCGAGCGGGACUACAUCAAGCACCUGCGCGACAUCUGCGAGGGCUACCUCAGGCAGUGUCGCAAGCGCGUGGACAUGUUCAGCAAGGAGCAGCUGCGAACCAUCUUCGGGAACAUCGAGGACAUCUACCGGUGCCAGAAGGCCUUCGUGAAGGCGCUGGAGCAGAAAUUCAACCCGGAGCGGCCACACCUGAGCGAGCUGGGCGCCUGCUUCCUGGAACACCAAGAGGAUUUCCAGAUCUACUCAGAGUACUGCAACAACCACCCCAACGCCUGCGUGGAGCUCUCACGCCUCGCCAAGCUCAGCAAGUACGUGUACUUCUUCGAGGCCUGCCGGCUGCUGCAGAAGAUGAUCGACAUCUCCCUGGACGGCUUCCUGCUGACACCUGUGCAGAAGAUCUGCAAGUACCCUCUGCAGCUGGCUGAGCUGCUCAAGUACACGCACCCCCAGCACAGGGAUUUCAAGGACGUGGAAGCUGCCUUACAUGCCAUGAAGAAUGUGGCCCAGCUCAUCAACGAACGGAAACGGAGGCUUGAAAACAUCGACAAGAUCGCUCAGUGGCAGAGCUCCAUAGAGGACUGGGAGGGAGAAGAUCUCCUGGUCAGGAGCUCGGAACUCAUCCACUCGGGGGAGCUGACUCGUGUCACACAGCCACAAGCCAAGAGCCAGCAAAGGAUGUUUUUUCUCUUUGACCACCAGCUCAUCUACUGUAAGAAGGACCUUCUCCGCCGGGACGUACUCUACUACAAGGGCCGAGUGGACAUGGAUGGCCUGGAGGUGGCGGACCUGGAGGACGGGAAGGACAGGGAGCUGCACGUGAGCGUCAGGAACGCCUUCCGGCUGCGCCGCGGCCCCUCGGGGGAGAGCCACCUGCUGUGCGCCAAGAAGCCCGAGCAGAAACAGCGCUGGCUCAAGGCCUUCGCCAGCGAGCGUGAGCGGGUGCGGCUGGACCGGGAGACAGGCUUCUCCAUUACCCAGCUACAGAGGAAGCAGGCCAUGCUGAACGCCAGCCAGCAGCAGGCUGCCGGGAAGCCCAAAGCCCUCAGCCGGCCCUACUACCUGACACGCCAGAAGCACCCAGCCCUGCCCACCAGCCUGCCCCAGCAACAGGUCCUGGUGCUGGCAGAGCCCAAGCGGAAGCCGUCCACCUUCUGGCACAGCAUCAGCCGGCUGGCGCCCUUCCGCAAGUGAGCCCACGCCCCGCCGAUGGCUCCAUCUGGACCUGCCCCGCCGGCGGGCCUCCAGCUUUUCCUCCCCGAGGCUCACCACAUCCGGCCUUCCUCUGCCUGUUACGCAAACUGGAGGUGGGAGGUGCUCAGUGCCCCCAUUCCCGGUUUCCUCCCCACUACUGGGGCGCUGGAGACGCUGGCUGGAGAGGCAGGCCCCCAGCACGUGAACCUCCCGCCACCCUCUGGGCCUGUGCGGGGCCUCCUGGGAGCCACAGCUCAGAACCACCCACCAGGCCAGCACGUGUGAGAACGCCGCUUUGGACCCUCUUCUCGGGACAUAUAAUCAUUCCCCCUGCUCCUGGUUUCUCUGGGCAGGAGACGUCUCUGCCUUCCGCCACCUGCGGAGCCAGGCUGUGUGCCCCUCUGCCCCACUGUUCUCCUUGCAGGCCCCCAGCUGGUGGACCAGGCAGCCUGCGUCCCUGGUGAGGGGAACCAGGAAUUCUGCACACAAAAACAUCUGGCCCAGAGCCCACCCGUCUUUGCUUCCCAGUCCCUCUCUAGACACUCCUGGCUGCUGGACACCCUCUCUUCACUUGUGAUGUGUUUGUUUAUAGUGGAAAGAAAACCAUAGUCAGCUGAAUACUUUACUUUGGUCAGGGUUUGUGACCAGUCCACCUGUAGCUGUGGGGUGAUUCCAGAACCUGGUUCCAGUAUUUUUUGUUCAGAUUUUGUUUUUCUAACGGUAGAGAAAAAGAAUUGUUAGUGACACAGAGAGAUUGCCUUACCCUAAGUGAGCGUGAGAAGCCAUAAGGACUGAAUUCUGUGGCCCAGCACCCAGGACUGACCCACCCAGAGGCCGGUGGGCACGUGGGAUGGAAGCCCACAUCCCAGAGGAGGGCACCAGUGAGUGUGGCCGGGGCCUGGCUUGGGGCACGGAGCCGCCCCUGUGGCCCACGGGAAUUCAGCAGCAUGUACAGUCACUCUUGCACUAUAUACCUUCUCCAAGCCAGAAGCCACAUUUAAUUUCAUAAAGAAACUUGUGAAAAAUAA